AUGCUCCCUCUCUUCCUUUUCACCUUUGUGGCCCUGGUGGCAGGGUAUGUCGUCCGGGAUGGCAAUGACUGCCAUUUGUACCCGGAAGAGUCCCUGCCUGGUGCUGGGCCGAUGGACGAUGUCCCUUCCAUAUACGAGGCUUUCAGUCAGUGCGGCCACAGCGGUCGCGUAAUCUUCGAAGAAGGCACUUUCCACGUCAAUCAAGUUCUUAACACCACUGGGCUGAAGGACUGCGAUGUCAUCUUGAAAGGGGAGCUUCUCUUCUCAGCCGACAUUCCUUACUGGCUUGCAAACAGUCUCUGGGUGGUCUACCAGAAUCAACACACGGCAUGGCUAUUCGGAGGCGAGAAUGUCAGAUUUAUCGGUCAGGGUGGUAGCUUCAAUGGCAAUGGACAGGCCUGGUACACACAAAACCAGAACAGAGCAAAUCAGCCGGGUCGACCGAUUGCAAUCACGUUCUACAACUCGAAAAAUCUUGUGGUCGACGGUCUGUCCUUCAUCCAACCACAGUUCUGGGUGACGCUUAUCUGGGAGAGCGAAGAUGUCACGAUGAGAAACAUUUACGUAUCUGCCCACAGCGAUGACCACAACGGAUGUGUCAACACCGAUGGUGGCAAUACCUGGAACUCGCGUAGGGUCACUUUUGAGAACUGGUUCGUCCGCAAUGGCGACGACUGUAUCGCCGUCAAAGGCAAUAGCUCGGACAUCUAUGUCCGUAAUGUGACUUGUGUCAGCGGCAACGGGAUGACGAUCGGCUCCGUUGGCGAGUAUCCCAAGUUCCCCGACUAUGUUGAGAACGUCCUGUUCGAAGACAUUACCAUCCGGGAUACAAUGCAGGCCGCGUACAUCAAGACCUGGCAGGGUCAACCAGCGGAUCACUCUGGAAAUGGAGCAGGAGGCGGUGGCGGUGCUGGCAUAGUCCGCAAUGUCACCUUUCGAAACUUCGACGUCGAGAACUCGGCACUACCCAUACAGAUCUCACAGUGCAUCUAUACUGAGGACGGCCAGAAUUGCGACUCAUCGCGGAUGCAAAUAUCCGAGAUCACAUGGGAGAAUUUCAAGGGCACGUCCAGGUACAACAUUGCCUCUUCGAUCCACUGUGCCGCUGGACAUCCAUGUCCAGACAUCUAUUUCAAAAACGUUGACAUCAAGUCAAUAAACGAGACUCGUGGCCUGCCACUGACUCAUACGGAUCUUCGAUAUGAAGUUUAUCAAUGCGCCAACAUCGUCAACCAGAACACGACCAGUGGCAUCAAGUGCAAUCUUUGGGCACCGAACAACUUUAGUCAGCUUGUGCACAGGAAUGUGGCCUCACACGGGUAUAGGGAAACAGACAGCCCACGAAAACGGGCCAAAUUUGCUUUGCGUGUUUUUCACAAGGUGGCAGAUGUGGUGCAGGAGGUCAAGCAUAUGCUUAUCGCGCCUUUCAUUCGAACUUAG